CUGCUGGUCUCGUGGGCUCUGACGGGGUCAAGGAUCUUUUCCAAUUCAGGAUCAACCAUCUCCAUUUGAGUGCUGUCUGGCUGCUCCACAUCCAAUGGAAUUAGACAUCAAUACCUGAUCAAUACUUAGUGUUCUGGCCGCUGAGAAAUAAGCUGCUUUGAGUGUGAGACUAGAAGACCAGAGAGAGGAAACCGGCACCUUACCUGCCGGAAUAAACCUGAAUCGAUUUGACCUGAAAGGCUUUAGGUGACGAAUCUCUCCCUUCCAAGAUGGAUGAAACGCACAACAACAGGACGGCCUUGGCCAAAGGCGCCAAGGACAUCGCUAAAGAGGCGAAGAGGCACGCCGCCAAAAAUAUCGGCAAAGCCGUGGACCGCGCCGCCAACGGGUACUCGGCCAGCCGCAGCUACGACCGCUUCCAGAACGACGACGACGAAGGCGAGAGCGCCUACGGCCGGCCGGACGGCCGCCACCCCGACCACGUGGCCAACGGCGCCGACGGCGAGGAGGGGGAGGACGACGGGGCCUCCAGCGACGCCACGGAGGGCCACGACGACGAGGACGAGAUCUACGAGGGCGAGUACCAAGGCGUGCCGGCCCGGGGCGAAGGUCAGGCGGCGGCGGCGGCGGGCCAGCCGGUGUGCGACAGCGCGAAGAGCCGCAAUGAGCUGGAGAGCGAGAGGCGGUCGGACGAGGAGGAGCUGGCCCAGCAGUACGAGCUCAUCAUGCAGGAGUGCGGCCACGGGAGGUUCCAGUGGCAGCUGUUCUUCGUCCUGGGGCUGGCGCUCAUGUCGGACGGCGUGGAGGUGUUCGUGGUGGGCUUCGUCCUGCCCAGCGCCGAGACGGACAUGUGCGUCCCCAACUCCGGCGCCGGGUGGCUCGGGAGCAUCGUGUAUCUGGGGAUGAUGUUCGGCGCCUUCUUCUGGGGCGGCCUGUCGGACCGGGCGGGACGCAAGCAGUGCCUGCUCAUCUCCCUGUCCGUCAACGGCUUCUUCGCCUUCCUGUCCUCCUUCGUCCAGGGCUACGGCAUGUUCCUCGUGUGCCGCAUGGUGUCCGGCUUCGGCAUCGGGGGGGCGGUGCCCAUCGUGUUCUCCUACUUCGCGGAGGUUCUGGCUCGGGAGAAGAGAGGAGAGCAUCUGAGCUGGCUGUGCAUGUUCUGGAUGAUCGGAGGGAUCUACGCCUCCGCCAUGGCCUGGGCCAUCAUCCCGCACUACGGCUGGAGCUUCAGCAUGGGUUCGGCGUACCAGUUCCACAGCUGGAGGGUGUUCGUGGUGGUGUGCGCGCUGCCGUGUGUGUCUGCAGUGGUGGCUCUGACUUUCAUGCCCGAGAGCCCUCGCUUCUUCCUGGAGACGGGUAAACACGACGAGGCCUGGAUGGUGCUCAAGCACAUCCACGACACCAACAUGCGAGCCCGCGGGGAGCCGGAGAGAGUCUUCACUGUGAACAGGAUCAAGGUGCCCAAGCAGCUGGACGAGCUGGUGGAGAUGCACAACGAGUCGGCCAACGCGGCGCUCAAGGUCCUCCUGAAGAUCCGGACCGAGCUCCGAGCGAUCUGGUCGACGUUCAUGAGGUGCUUCGACUACCCCGUGAGAGACAACAGCCUGAAGCUGGCUGCGGUCUGGUUCACGCUGUCCUUCGGGUACUACGGACUCUCUGUGUGGUUCCCCGACGUCAUCAAGCACCUCCAGGCCGACGAGUACGCCUCCAGGGUGAAGAUCCACAGCAACGAGCGCCUGGAGGACUUCACCUUCAACUUCACCCUGGAGAACCAGAUCCACAGGAACGGGGUCUUUUUAAAUGACAGGUUCAUCGGCAUGAAGUUCAAAGCGGUCACGUUCAUCGACUCCUCGUUCAUCAACUGCUACUUUGAGGACGUCUCCUCCUUAGGAUCCUUCUUCAAAAACUGCACCUUUGUCGACUCCUUCUUCUACAACACGGACAUUGACGACUCCAAACUAACAAACUCCAGAGUGAUCAACAGCUCGUUCCACCACAACAAGACGGGCUGUCAGAUGACCUUUGACGACGACUACAGCGCCUACUGGGUCUACUUCGUCAACUUCCUGGGAACGCUGGCCGUGCUGCCCGGGAACAUCGUGUCGGCGCUCCUGAUGGAUAAAAUCGGGCGCCUCAGCAUGUUGGGGGGCUCCAUGGUGCUGUCGGGCAUCAGCUGCUUCUUCCUGUGGUUCGGCACCAGCGAGUCCAUGAUGAUCUUCAUGCUGUGCCUCUACAACGGCCUCAGCAUCUCCGCCUGGAACUCCCUGGACGUGGUCACCGCCGAGCUGUACCCGACAGACAGGAGGGGAACGGGCUUUGGCUUCUGCAACGCCAUGUGCAAGCUGGCGGCGGUGCUGGGAAACCUGAUCUUCGGCUCGCUGGUCGGCAUCACCAAGGCCAUCCCCAUCCUGAUGGCGUCCUCCGUGCUGGUCGGCGGCGGGCUGGUGGGGCUCCGGCUGCCGGACACUCGGGCCAAUGUGCUCAUGUGAAGGCCGGACGCGGAGCAGCACCUUGUGCACCAUAAAGAUUCAGAUUGGACUCCAAUGAUUCUCAAGCAAGUACCAGCCGAGUGAUUAUUGUUCUGUUGUAUCUGAGGGAAACACCUGGUAAUUAAUGCAGAUUAAUGAGGUGAGCCGUGGAUGUAGAGAGAUUAAAACUCUGUACAUCAGCCGCUCACCGUCUGUGCCACACCAACGCAUGUGUCAAAGCUGCAAAAGGCCCGGGCGUCCCUCCGCCGUCCCCGUCCCCGAACCCCGUCCCCGAACCCCGUCCCAAUCCAUCAACGGAAUAGUUUCACAUUUCAUUCAAAGGCUCACACUAGCAGCCGGUUAGCUUAGCAUAACGACUGGAAGCAUGCGGAAACGUCAUCAAGUUGCCGUCAUAUUUAACAUAUGACCUUCAAUGCAUGACCUUCGACAGAAGGUCGAGCUAUUCCAGAUCCUCAUCCGGCCUCCUCGGUGUGGUUGUUUAUUUCUGUAUUUACAGUGUUCAUGUUAUUGACCUCCGCUUCCACACCUGAGGGUCACAACUCCCCCCAGCGGUCGACCCACUUUCAAGCCUUCUUCUGCACGAAUGACGACGCCAUAAUAACGAAGUAAAGAAUCUGUUACGAUAUCGUAGAUUAGUCAAAACCGGCAACUCCAGCAGCUGCGUUUCUACAGUGAAAAGAAGUUUACAUUCACAGAGCUGCGGGACUGGAACCCUUUGUGUCCGAACGCUUCCUCUCUGGCGUCGUGUUCGUCUCGUGGCACCGCGCUCGCCGCCGAGGGCUUCGCUCUCCCGGUUUAACGCUCUGCUGUCGCUGUCUGACCUCCCGCUCCGUUUUGUCUCCUCCUGCCUCGCUGCUGCUCCUUCUCCCCCCGGAACUCAAAGGCCUUUCUCAAAUGUCGUGCCUCUCGCUCUCCUUCCGAAACCUUUGCAGGAAGCUUCGCUGCUCGGCGCCGCUGCUUUUGUCUCAUCACGUGAUAACACUGUGUGCGUGCAUGUGUGUGUGUGUGUGUGUGUUUUUCGACAAAACAACGUCUUUUGGACCAAAAAUUAGUUUCAGAAAUAUUUAAUAAAUUCGGGAAAUGAGAAGUUUCAACAACGUGGCGACGGCUCAAAGUAACAAAGUAACAUAAAUGUAACAAUUGUCACGACAAGAAAAAACAAUUCAACGUUCCCGAUGACUUUUUAUCCCGGGACACAAACAGUGGUCAGCUGUGUGAAAGUCGUGUGUUUGCUCUCUUAAACGUCCUCAGCUUGUUCGACCCGUCCAGAGGUCUCCAGUGGACAUCGCUGCUUGUUGUACGCGUCUCAACGUCUUUCGGUAGCGGUGGCCAGAUAUUCAAAGUCACUGGUUUACAGAAAAUUGCCAACACUUGUUCCUCGAAACUCGAGUGCUUUUCUUGUGCUUCUACUCGAGCAAACUAAAUGUUGAAUGACUACAUGAUGGAGUGAAAUCAAAAGCCAUGCUUAAAGGAUCAGUUCACCCAAAUCCCAACGAAGCACAUAGAGCGGAACGCUCCGUGAGCAGAGGACUACUUUCUCCGCAGAAACGAGAUCCGGUAGAAACUCCAGAGGGAAUUCUUUGGGUUUUAUAUUUUACAUUUUACAAUGUUGCACCACAAACAGAACUCCACCUGCAUCGUAACCAGGUGGGGACGGAUAUCCGGACACAAUACCUGCGUGGCUUCAAAACCCACUCAGCUAAAUAAGAAAACACGCUUGUUUUUUUGUGAUUUGGGUGAACGCAGCUUUUAAAACCUUUAAUGAACUCAACUGUUUGCUAUGAUGUUAAAAAUGCAUUAGAUAAUGUGUGAAUUAUCUAUGAAAAUGUAUGAAAACGCUCACUUUGUUUGUUCAAUCAUAGAAAAAAGAAAAUACAGUUAUUCUCAGUUAUUUGUGAUGCUGUUUGGUGUCAGAAGGCAGCAGUGAUGUUCUCUUGCCAGCUAUUUCCUCUUUUAGGAUGACUAGGAUGAUUUUUUUCAGACUGGGAUGCAGCCGCUUCCAUCCGGUUGUCCCGAGGCUUCGCCUCCGUCACCUCCACCUGUGCCCAGCUAACAACCUCCUCCGUCACCCAGAAAGUCCUGCAUGUUUGUUACUGAAGUCCUUCUGCUGUGUGUGCGCGUUUUUUAUCCAUUUUUGGUGUCUUUUGCUGUUGCUCGGCAGGGGGGGGGGGCUGUGUGUUGUCUGACUUGUCGUGGAGGUGUUCAUCGUACCCAGUUGAUUGUGGGUCGUUGUGGAAGGGCAUGCUCGUGGUGAGAUGACGUGUGUGUUAUCCUGUGACCUGUGACCUUGAUACGAUUUAUUUUGAUAAGAAAAGGCUCCAGAGAAAGAAAACGGUGGAUUCCUCCGCUGUGUCUGCAGGCUGAAUAAAGAGUUUAAUUUGAA